AAUUGCGAUAGUACUUGUGAGAGUAACUUGUAGAAGUGUCUACACUGAAGCAAAUUUUUGCAGCAAUUUCUAUCGGCAAGUGCUUUAAGCCUCGUCUCCACAUGCAAUUAACUUGCGAUAGUUCUUUACCAAGCAACUUGCUGGAGUGUCUACACUUUAUUUCAAUUAUUUUCAAAUUUAUUUGGGCAAGUUACUCAGCAAGCUUUACUUGCUGUAUUUCUUUAAGUGAAACGUGUACACUAGUUUUGUAAAUAUGUCAUCUCGGCAAAUAGCUGCUGCGGUUGUGACAUAUUUAAUAAAAAAACGAAAAGAGAAAAAGGAAAAAAAUAAAAGAAAAAUUUGGGUAAGAAAAUGGAUUCAGCGUAGAGCUACUUUAGGAUUACAUGAGAAGUUACUUAAUGAGUUAAGAAUGGAAGACCUACAACAGUUGAAAAACUUUCUACGAAUGUCUGCAAAAGACUUCGAUUUUUUGCUUGGUUUGGUGAAGGAAAAGAUACUAUAUAAGAAAGAUACAAAAAUGCGACAGGCCAUUAGACCAGAAGAACGCCUGUCUUUGACACUUCGCUUUUUAGCCACAAGUGAUUCCUACCAUUCUCUUAUGUAUUUGUAUCGAAUCCCUGUAUGUACAAUCGCAAGGAUUGUUCCUGAGUGCUGUGCUGCAAUUGUGGAAGCUCUAAAAAAGGAAUAUUUAAAGGUUCCAAAUACCCAAGAAGAAUGGAUUAGGAUUGCAAAAGAUUUUGAAAAUAUCUGGAAUUUCCCAAACUGCCUAGGAGCUCUGGAUGGAAAACAUGUCGUUAUGCAAGCCCCACCUUGUAGUGGAAGUUAUUAUUUUAACUACAAAGGCACGCACAGCAUAGUUUUAAUGGCAUGGGCUGAUGCAAAUUAUAAAUUUAUUUAUGUGGAUGUUGGUUGUAAUGGAAGAAUUUCGGAUAGUGGCGUGUAUAACAUGUGUUCUCUGUCUACCGCUUUGGAAAAUAAUACUGUAAAUUUGCCUCCUCCACAACAGCUGCCGGGAAUGAAAAACUUUUCACCGUUUGUUUUUGUAGCAGACGACGCAUUUGCAAUGAAACCAAACUUGCUUAAGCCAUAUCCAUUCAAAAAUCAGCCAGGGCCAAACCGCGUAUUUAAUUACCGACUCUCACGUGCAAGAAGAAUAAUUGAAAAUGUAUUUGGUAUUAUAGCAAAUCGUUUUCGGGUAUUAACUUUCGGGUAUUAACUUUGCCCUGAAAAAGUAAAAAAAAUUGUUUUGUCAAUAUGCGUUCUUCAUAACUUUUUAAUAACCAGAAAUUCGUCGAAAGCAAAUUAUGCACCGACAGGAAUUUUUGAUACAGAAAGCGAUGGAGGUAUUAUAAAUGGUCAGUGGCACCAGGAAGAUAUGCCAAAACAAAACUUAUUGCCACUUAAUACCAGAAAUCUCCAUAAUUGUUCCCAAAAUGCUAAAAUGGUUCGAGAAGAUUUCAAAAACUACUUUAUUUCCCCUCAAGGUGAGGUUCCAUGGCAGUACAAAUACAUCUAAAAUGAUAUAUAGGUUAAGGUUUUGACUACUGAUUACUUUAAACACCUAAUAUAAAAUACUUUAAAUAAAAUAAAAUUAAUUUUCGCCUUUUACUUACCAGAUUAUCUUCUGUACAGCUUUGAACAUUUGCAGCUAACAUGAAUUUUAAAGAAUCAAAGAAUUCCCAUGUGCUCUUAUACACUUCAUUUGCUCCUUGUCCACUUUUUUUUUUGAUUUUUUUUUCCACUCCUGAUUCAGUUGUGUUCUUAAGUUGUGUAACUUGCGUUGAAUUUCGUUUUCAGAUGUUUCAAAUAGUUCUGCUAAUUUUUGAAAAGCACCCUGUUUUUUUACUCUGUUUUUAAAGUCUUUGCAAUGUACAUUCCAUAAUUCUGGGUAUAGUUCAACAUUUUCAAUCAAUAAAUUAGUAUCGUCCCUACUCCAAACACGCCGGUCCACCAUUUUUUUUAAAUAAACGUAAAUAUUUCACUACUUGCUGCAAAUAUUUCGGAACAGUUUCGAUAUUGAUAAUUGCAAAUUAACUUGCUGAAACACGCGGUGUACACUACAAGCUCUAGCAAGUCAGUAAGUACUUGCCCGGCAAGUAAACUUUCUGCAAUAUUACUCUACGGUGGCUGUUUACACGCGCUGCAAGUGACUUGUGAGAGUAACUCUAGCAAGUUUAUUUGCUAGUGGACACGAGCCAUUAGCUAGACAAUACUUGCGGCAAGUGAUUUUGGGUGUAUACAUGGGAUAGAGUGAUUAGUUUUGUGUAUAGACAGUAUAGUGUUUGCUAGACGGAAAAAAUGUCUACCCGCAGAAAGAGACCUGCAGCUGCCGUUGUUGUCCUUAGUACAAUUUUCCAAAAACAACGAAAAAAGACUAGGAAAAGUAUUUGGGUGAAAGAAUGGAUAGCAAGAAGGCCUACUCUUGGCGCUUAGGCGAUGUUGUUAGACGAGUUAAGAAGUGAAGAUCCAAACAAAUUUAAAAAUUUCGUGCGAUAUCAGAAACCGAUUUUAACUUUUUACUGCAUUUAAUUGCCGACAAAAUAUCAAAAUUGGAUACAAAUAUGCGUGAAUCCAUCAAACCAAGAGAACGGUUAGCGCUAACGUUAAGGUUUUUGGCCACAGGUAAGUUUUAAAAAGUUUCAAAUACAAAUAACUAAAAUAUUUUAUUUUUUUUAUACAAAACCAGAACAAAACUUAAACAUUUUUUGAUUUCAGGUGAUUCAUACUAUUCCCUUAUGUAUCUGUUUCGUAUCCC